CCCUUUUCUACAAUCCAUAGGAACUCAGCUGUUUCCCUCGUGUGUCACAGUGUCUUCCAGCUGCCAUAAAGACAGAGCUCUGCAGCCAAGCUGCAGCACUUAAAGUAGCAUCUUAAGCCUCAGUGUUGACGUGGUUUGGAAAAAUUACUACUCAAGAGCUUUUGGGCCCAUGCUGAGUAAUAGUCCUUGUAUUCCCAGGCUUUCUUUUGGGCUGUGGCUUUCCACAGCUGAUAUUUUUUGUCCAUCUGGGUUGGUUUCUGAUGGACUGACUUUCCUUUUUCCCUUGUAGAGUCUGAGUUGAGAAGGAGGAGGACUAAGCACACCUGCAGCUGUACCCAAACCUGCACAAGUACAGAGUGUUCUUUAACCACUUCAGCGCUACCUAAUUACCUGCACGUUUUUCCAGUUCCUGCUCCCUGUGGCAGGCAGAGCCAUUCCCUGCCCUGCCCACCCGUGCUGAGCCAGCAGGUCCCUGCACCCCAUUUGUGCUGAGAUAACGGGGCCGGGGCUGUGCUGAGAUAACUUGUUUGGACACCCGGCCCCGCUUCUCUGGGCCGCACCAUCCCAGCCCGGGGCCACACAGGCCAAGGACAGGCUGUAAAUGUCACCCUUUGUACUCUGCCGUGUCCACUUCAGCUGCAGUCGGAUUUGGAACCCAGAUAAAAGCAGGGCUGUUCUGCUUAGGAGGUGCAGGGGAGGGUGGGGCUGGGGAGAAGGGUUUCAACCUGAGGAAUUUCUUACUUCUCCUAUUCCACAUGCUAUGAAGCAAACUCACCCCAGGCCCCUGCCAAAAUCUGACAGGAUGGACUGGAGAGCAAUCAUUUAUGUCAUUUUAUUGCUGAGCCUUAGAGUAGCCAAAGCCCUGCCUAGAACUUCUCAGGACAUAGAGGAAAAAACAAGCAUUGGCCAACGAUUUUCUCAGCUGCAGGAGAGCAAUUUUAAAGCCAUUGCCCUGAUCCUGUUUGCCCAGUACGUGCCAGGAGGGACGUUCGGCAGAGCGGCCGCGAUGGCCGAGGGGGUCACGGCCCUGGCCAGGAGGUGUGCGGCAGCAGCCAGCGACAGCCCUGACUGCCUGAAGCCUCUGGAGAGGAUUUUCCUCGAUACAAUAUGCCAGGAGGAAAACCUUCCCCGGUCUGCUGACUGCUGUGCUAAAAAGGAUCCUGAAAGAAACGACUGCUUCCUCUCCCUGAAAAACUCCUCACGAGGGUUCAGCUCUCCUUUGGAGAGGCCAGAUGCUGAAGCUGCCUGCAGAAACCAUUCACAGCAUGGACAGCCAUUAACAGGAUAUUUUAUCUAUGAAGUUUCCAGAAGGCAUCCCUUCCUCUAUGCCCCAACAAUCCUCUCUGUGGCUCUGCAGUAUGAGGAAAUGAUGGACAACUGCUGUGGAAGCGCUGAAGGCCCCUCCCAUCACAUGGAGGAAUGCUUCCAGAGACAGGCACCAAAGGUGGUGAAGCUGAUAAAAGAAGAUUCCCUGAGGCAGGAACACACUUGUGGAAUCCUGAAGAAGUUUGGAGAAAGGACCUUAAAGGCUCUGAAGCUUGCCCAGAUAAGCCAAAAAUUCCCCAAAGCUGACUUUGUCACCGUUCACAAACUGGUGGUGGCCGUGGCCGACAUGCACAAGGACUGCUGCCGCGGGGACACGCUGGGCUGCAUGAGGGACAGGGAAGAGAUCCUGCGCUACGUGUGCAGCAGCCAGCACGUCCUGUCCAGCCGGAUCCAGCAGUGCUGUGAAAAGCCCCUGUUACAAAGGAGCGAAUGCAUCCUCAACGUGGAAAACGAUGACAAACCUGCAGGCUUGUCCCCCCAUGUCAGGGAGUUCAUUGAAGACAAAGGAAUAUGUGAACGUUUUGCCCAGGAAAAAGACAUGCACUUAGCCAGGUUUCUGUAUGAGUACUCCAGGAGACACCCGGAAUUUUCUGCCCAGAUGCUUUUAAGGAUUGGCAAAGGCUACGAGGACCUGCUGCGGGAGUGCUGCAGGCCCGGGGCUCCCAGUGGCUGCCGCAGCAGAGGGGAGGAAGAACUGAGGAAACAUAUUUAUGAAACGCAGAGUGUCAUGAGGACAAGCUGUGACAUUUACAAGGAGAAAGGAGAUUACUAUUUCCAAAACGAGCUCCUCAUGAGUUUCACCAAGAAGAUGCCUCAGCUGACAUCGGCAGAGCUGAUCAAAUUCACCAAGGAAAUGACAACCAUCGGCUCCAAAUGCUGCCAGCUGGGCCAGGACAAGCUGCUGCCUUGUGCCGAGGAACACCUGGAUCUCGUGCUUGGGGAAAUCUGUAGGAGACACCUGGCUGAUCCCAUAAACCCUGGAGUUUGCCGCUGCUGCAGCAGCUCCUAUGCCUUCAGGAGGCCUUGCAUAGGCAAACUGGAGAUCGAUGAGACUUAUGUGCCCUUAGCACUGACUCCGGGCCUGUUUGCUUUCCAUGGAGACCUGUGCACCUCGGAAGAGGAGAAGUUACAGCACAGGAAGCAGGAGAUGCUCAUCACCCUCCUCAAGUACAAGCCACAGAUCAGCCCGGAGCAGCUGGGCUCCGUCACAGCCGCCUUCACUGCCAUGAGGGAACGGUGCUGCAGAGAGGCCAACCCUGAGCCCUGUUUCCUCAAAGAGGUAUCGCUUCUGUUUCCAGCCACAGUUCCUCGGCAGCAGGGAGAGAAAGGGUAUAUUCAGGUUUUCAGACAAAGCAUUUUCCCCGUUUAUCUCCCUGCCUCUGUUUCCCACUUGCCCUCCCAGUGCUGUUUCAGCCCACUCCACUUCAUACUCCAGAGCUGCUCUGGCUCCUCUUUACCCUGUGGGUCCAGAACUUAUCAAAAGGAGUGAGAAAAUGCUGUCAGCAUAAGGAGCUGCACAGCCCAUGGGAAGGUCCUUGCUGGAUGACAGGAAGUGACACAAACUGCACAGGGAGCAUUUAAACCAAACCAAGUGUCUGAAAGCCAGAUUAAUCUAGAGGAGGGAUGCAUGCCCUUAAGUAAUUCCACCAAAACAAUCAGUUAAGUGAUGGAAAUUCAGGGUUUGACUGUGGCCACCAUCUCCUGGUAUACAAUGUUAUUUUAUUACCCCAAAUGGUCACAGACCAAAACAAAGGCAUUUUAAAUCUUAAGCUUAUAAAGCAUAAGUGCAAAUGAGAUCAAAUUAAGAAAAUCUGCCUGUAACCGUUCUAACUUAAUCACUGAAUAAUUAUUUUUGCAUUUUUAUAACACUGGCCUUGAACUACAGCAUAUGCACUCACUAAUAUGGGCUGCUCGGGAGCGUUGUAAAGUUGCCUUUAAACAGAGAAAAAUAUUAUCUCUGGCAUCCCAAAUAAGGUGAGAGAGAAAAAAAUAAGUAAAAUGUCCCCAAAAGGACAGGACAGGGACUGCUGAAAACACCUGGUCAGCAGGGAAA